UUGAGUCUCUGUAUAUCAUUCACCUUUCAUCCAUCAUUAUUAGUUUCAAACAAGCAAAGAGAAGCAAAAAGGGGGAAAACCCUAAUUUUCUUUUUUAUUUAUUUAUUUAAAGGGAAGAAAAUUAAGGGGGUUAUAAUGGGAAGAGGGAAAAUAGAGAUAAAAAAGAUAGAGAAAUCAUCAAGCAGGCAAGUGACCUUCUCAAAGAGAAGAAAUGGAUUAUUGAAGAAAGCUAAAGAGUUAGCCAUCCUUUGCGAUGCUGAACUUGGGUUGAUUAUCUUCUCCAGCACUUCCAAGCUUCAUCAUUUUGCCAGCUCUAGCAUGAAAUCUGUCAUAGAACGCUACAACAAGUAUAGAGAGGAAUAUCAUCGUCAACUACUUGAUCCUGCUUCUGAAUUGAAGUUUUGGGAAAAGGAGGUAGCAAGCUUGAGGCAACAACUAAAUGACUUGCAAGAAUACCACAGGCAGCUGAUGGGGGAAGAACUAUCUGGUUUAAGCAUCAAAGAUCUACGGAAUCUAGAAAACCAACUUGAAAUGAGCUUGAAAAGUGUUCGCAUGAGAAAGGACCAAAUUCUUACAAAUCAAAUCAAAGAGCUAAGUCUUAAGGGACACCACAUUCAUAAAGAGAAUCUAGAACUACAGAAGAAGCUAGACCUUAUUUGCCAAGAAAAUACUGAACUUCAAAGGAAGGUUGAUGGAAAUGGAACAGUAGAAGCAAAUGAAGGCAGCAAAAGCUCAUCCCACAGUUAUGGUUUCAACAAUGGAUAUGAUGAGUUGCAGGCACCUGUUGUCGAUCUCCGGUUAAGCCAGCCUCAACAACUUCCCGACGCUGAUACAUCGUAUAGAAACCUAAGACUGCUUUGAAAACCAGGUAAAAUUUUAUAGAAUGUCCCUGUACUAUGCAUUUUUAGCAUAUCUAAUCCCUCUAGUAUAAUUUGAUUGUUUUUAGUCCCUCUACAAUUUGGAAAGCGUAUUUUCAAUCUUGAGGUCAAAUUUUUUGUGAACUCCGUCAGAUAAUUUAAUAUGGCUUUAA